CUGUAUUGUAAUUUGUAAUGUCAGAUUUAUCAUUUAUCCUUCCAUGCAUUUAUCAGAUGUCUUGACUUGAUACCUUAUGACUUUUUGAGAAUGAAAUAAGAACUGCAGUUAUAUUUAUCGUCCGAGUAUUGUCCUCUGUUCUCAUAACUAACUGUACUCAGUUUGAAGUUCUACAUGUAACAAUAAUAUACCUCAGAUGUUUGCAUUGCUUUUACACAUUUUAGUUCGUCAGUGUCGUGCCGGCUACGAUAAGAUAUAAAUGAAGACUCCAAGAAAAUCAUCAACGAACAUAAUGCGCAAGUAUUAUCAAUUGAUUUUGGUUUUGAUCAGCUUUAUAAGUAUUGUAACGCUAUUGAUUUACCGUCACGAGUACUACCGUCUCCGGUAUGUUCUGGAGGUGCUUAACUUUUUCGGCAAGCCUGGCUUAUCGGAGAUAGAAUUCUGUGGUCCAGGAUUUAAUGCCACAAUGCUGUCUGAGAUACUACGAAAUUCUUCCAUGGAGGUUAGAGAAACUCCGCCGUUAUUUCAACAGAUAGAUGAAAACUUUUACUCCUACUCAUCAUUCUUACGGUCGUAUCAAAAGUACCAAACAUUGACUCCUACUUAUGCUCACAGUAUAGAUACUAUAGUAAUUGGGAAGACCAAUGUUAAUCCUGCUUUCCGCUGCAAUGUUUGGUUAGAGAAUGAUUCAAAACCAAAAGCUGGACGCUUUACAUACAAAGUAUUUGUUGAACAUAGAAAUUUUACUUUGUACAUAUUCCAGUGUACAAUGAACAAAGACUUUGGUAAACCAAAGGGCAUAAGUUUCUAUGUAAAUGAUUACAAUAUAAAUCCCAUCCAUGCUCCAAUUAACAGACUUAUCCAAGUGAAUACAAAACGCAAGCCUAGAAAAAUGAGCAAUAUUAAAUUUGUCAAUAAUAUUGUACCAGCUAUAUGUGUGCUCCCAAAUCAAGUACCGAUAAUUUCGAGAGAUUCAUUUAUUGAAUUUCUUGUGUUUCAUCAAAUGAUGGGUGUCAAUUACUUUACAUUAUAUGACAGCAUGAUAUCGGAGGAUGUUAUACGAAGGUUGAAUUUGUUACCAUCUGAUAUAACACAGUGGAACAUACAAUUUUUCCCUUUAAACUAUCCAUUUAUAUUUUCCAAGUCAUACAGUAUUGUACGUGUCGCUGUCGAGUUAGAUUGCCUCUUCAGACAUUUUCGAUAUGACAAAGAAGAAACUGACAAAGUUAGUCAUGUGAUACCACUAUCUUGGGAUGAAUUUUUAGUACCUCGUGUUCACAAUAAUAUUAAAAGCGUUCUCAGUGAUUUUGAUCCUAUGAGAUCAUUACAAAUUAAAGCAUUAACACUUUUAUUCUGUCUCAACCAGCCUGACGAUGAUAAUGCUAUAAUUGGAUAUCCGGAUAUCUUAAAUAAAAGGCAUUAUUAUAAAUUUCCUGAGAAUACUCCGAUGAUAAAUAUAAUAAAUCUUGAUGCUCUUUCAACAUUUGAUGACAUAUUUAACAUUACUUUAGUACCAAAGAUGGUAAUUCCCUUGAAUAUGCUCGGUGUACAGAAAUAUACAGUAUGUAGGGAUAUUAAGAAGUAUAGCCAGAGUGGAUACAAUGAGACACAGUUACAAGUCUUUCCACAUCAACUUGAAGGUGCAAUAACACAAUUUUCUCAUGAAUUACUAAGCAAUAAAAUUUAUAGACUGUAUAAAUCUGGACAAAUAUGGGAGAGAAGUUCAAGUGAAAAUGUCAGGGAGAUGUUGUAGAAUACUCUUAACAUUAUUUGGUAUAUAAAAUAUUGCUUAAAAGCUAGAAGCAGCUUAAGAGUGUUUCUAGACUUUGUAUUGGGUUUAGUCCAUUUAAUGAACCUAGGUUGUAAGCAGACUGCAUCAUUUAUAUUAAAUUCAUUAACAUAGUAAAAUAAAAAUUAGGGUGCAAUGAAAAAUUGCACAAUAGUGUUGUGAUCAUUUCGAGCCUGUAAUAUGAAUAAUAGGUUUUCAGAAUUAAAAUUUUAUGACAUCUAAUUAGGGCUUCAUAUACAGAUAAAUGUUUAAGCAAGGCUGCGCUUGCAUCUCUUUGUAAUCAAAUUCAAUGGAAAUAAGAAUAUAUAACAAAAAAAAAAACUUAUCGACGAAUUGAGUACCUCCUUCUUUUGGGAAGUCGGUCAAAAAUGUACCUUUAGGCUGUUAGAGUUAUAACAAGACAUGUUUGUAUAAAUUUAAAUAAUGAAACCUUUUAAACCCAUAUACAAUAAAUGACAUUUUCAACUAGUGAAAUAGUUGAUAUAAUUUCUUAUUUUCAUUAAAUUGGAUUUAUAAAUAUGUUUUCUGCGAUUGGAAGCCAUCAAAGUUUAAAUUUCACUAUAGAGUGUAAUUGAAAAUUUAAAUAGUAAAAAAUAUUUGGGAUCACAGAUUAUAUACUGCCAUAUUUAUAUGUAAUGUUAUAAUUUAAUGAUGUUUUUUGUUAUUGAAUGGUUGUUAAUUUCUUGAUGUUAUUCUUAAGAUACUGUUAAGUUGUAAUACACUAAUUGAAAAUAUUUUAAUAUUCGUUAAACCAGUUCUUUGUAAAAUGUCAUUGUUAUUUAGAUUAAAAUUAAUAACAAUGACUUGAAUACUCUGUAUUUUUAAUUAAAACAGUUACAUUUUUUAUGAGUAGGGCCGGUUUUUUAAUUCUCAGCGCCCUAGGCGUGAUUUCUACGGCGCCCUAAUCGGUCGUCCUAACACAACACUGGUAUUGUUUAUAAGACCUUUUAAUUUUUAUUUUUGUUGUGUUGAUUAAAUGCCACAUCUAUUUGUAAAACAUCCAUGUUAAAGGAAUAGACAGCUACAGUAGUUAAAAGGUUUGAAAUCUAUUACAUGUGUUAUGAUUAUUUGAACAGUAUUUUGUUGUUGUGUCUCUAUUAAAAUAUAAAUUAUAUUUAAUUAUAAACCAAUGUUAUAGAAAUGCUCUUAUGUAUGUAAUAAGUUAAUUUGAAAAGAGAAAAUGUGUAGACCAGUUUGUCUCUGAUUGCAUUUUUUUAAUAAAAAUGUUGCCAGUAUUAGAACAAGAAAAUUC